AUGACUCCAUACCUUUUGAGUUACACCGUAGAGAGAGUUGACGCCAAUGUGAAUCGGAAGCUUACCAUAUGGUUAGCUGCCUUGGCGUUAGUAGGGCAGGGAUUAUCCAUGCCUCUUGGCGGAUUAGGUGCCAGAAAAAUUGGGUUCCGACCCAUUGUGGCCAUCAGUUGUAUAGUUGACAGCAAUGAUCUUGCCCUACACGAGAGCAUGGAAAUAAGCGCCGACAACGUCUAUUUGUUCCCGAUUGAUGUCACACAUGAAGAAGUAAACGAAAAAUAUGAUGAGGGAGAGGAGGAGAAACAAGAGCUUUUCGGACAAGAAUACAUCUUUGAUGAUCAGUUUCUAUCGGGAGUGGCGACCGCUUCAUCGGUAUUCAACGCCCUUGGCCGUGUGGCCUGGGGUGCCAUCGCGGACAGGGCAUCAUUCAAGUCCUUCGGAAGCCUGCUGUGCGGCUUAUUCAACACGUUUUUGCCAGGACACAUUCCAUAUUUGGCACAGUUUAGUGCAUGCGCGGCUAUCACACUCGCCGGCCUGUUAGAGUAUACGGAGCGCUCUCCAAAAGCUCAUGUACACAAACUGUUAUGCGAAAAAAGGACGCGCACUCUCUCCAUUCCGAUUCACUUUCGUGAUCGAUAA